GAGAGGUGAAGAGCAGUAACGUGUAGGAACAGGAGCGACUCUCCCGGUACAAAUUCCACACAUUUCUUACUGACUGAAGAAACCGAAUCGGUUUUAUCGCUUUGAACUCGUUUGUAGGGCUCUGUGUGUGUGUGUGUGUGUAAGGUGAGAUCUGCACGAUGCUGGAAGCGUCCCGGAUUCUGGAGAAGGGCCCCGAGUACCUGAGGAAGCAGAUGGAGCUGGAGCGCGAGGACAACGGGCGCGCGAGCGCAGCGGAGAGGCUCGCGGCCACCAAGCCCAACUACGUGAAGAGCCCACAGGUGACGGGUUCACCUCCCGCCCCGGAGCCGGUUACCGGCGCAGAGUCCACCGAGCACAGCGCACCGGCUUCCGGGACACCUGCUUCGGAACAGGAAGAGAAGCCCGUGCAGUGCGGCUCCAGGAAGCGACCGGACUCCGUCUUACUGUACAGACAGAAGCGCGAGCUGCAGAGAGGCUCACCGCGCGCCAACUUCCGGCGGAAACGGACCCUGCUGAAAUCUCUGCGGGAGAGAAACAGCGCGGGCGCUCCGGUCCCCGCGGGGCAGAGCCCGGAAAGCUCGUCCGGGUCGGAGGAGGACCAUCAAGAUAAAGAUCAUGAGGAAGAUCACGGUAACGGCCCGGUGCGGCGGCGCGUGAACGCGGCGCGGAAAGACAUCGAAGGUGGAGGGUUCGAGUCGGAGCGCGCGAGGAAGGGCGUGUCGCGCUCGCACUCCGACAUCAGCUCGCGCUACUCGAAAAACUUCGCCGAUUUCGAUGCGUUUUUUCAAUACUGCGGCCUCGACAGCGACGUCGUGGAGUCCCUGGGCAAAGAGAACUUCAGCACGCGCUCGGAUGAGCGGCACCUUUUCUAUGCAAAGAUCCGGAGCAUAAGCGUGGCUAUGUCAGACGAUGAGAUUUCGCACACCAGCGGUGACAUUCAUGGGCUCCAAGAGGAAGAAGUGAAAGAGACGCGCCACCAGGGUUCUUCUGUUAUAGAGCGCAACGCUCGAGUGAUCAAGUGGCUGUACAGCUGCAGGAACGCAAGUCAGUCUGGGAAAACACUCCGAGAUCUGGAUUAGUCACAAAAUCCUGAACACCUCUGAACACUAAUACCAGGUGUUGAUGCAACAUCUGAUGUGUCAAGAACUUGAGAUGUGUCAUAGAACAUCUUCAGCUCCACCUUAAAAUAUUUCUGUAUGGCUUGUCAAUACUUUAAGGUGUUUGUUUACCUGUCAGAGAACUUUAGCAACCAUUCGAACCAAUGUGGCGAAAUCUUCAGUGCGAAAAUGCUGAGACGUCGUCAUGCUAACAGCAUCAAUGAGAAACAGCACCCCUCCAUACCCUUAUUUUCUUUUCGUUUGCAAAACCAAGGUUUAUCAGUUCAUAGAUCACGGAUAAAUGUUGCAUUUGCAUAUGGAUAAUGUUGAAGUUUUAACUUGUAAAUUCCCCACCUACAACCAGUAAAAACCACAGAAAACAUCCCCUCAACUUCCAAUUCUGACUUGUUGAAUUGGUGCCAUCUUCUCAACUACCACUUCCCUCCCCGUUUAAUAAAGCGAGGUCAACUCAACAUGGCCGCUCAGUGUUAAGUGCCCAUUCUUUACUUUUACAUUAUUUUGUAGCAGUAUAGGGUUUAGAUUGGUGAAUAUAAAGGCACAGUACUUGAUUAAAUCUAUAGCACUGUCCAUAGUAAUCACUGUUUUGAGACAGUAAUCAUCUACAUUAGCAUUAUCACUCAUAUACCUAAUGUUAGCUGGUUAGCUUGUUGCUAAAUGCUACUCAGUAUUUUCCACUGGCCAGCUUGUUGCUUGUUCGGUUUUGAUCUGUCUGUACUGAAUGAGUUUGAAUUGAUAAAGUAUGAUCUAGGAAUGUCGACCUCUGCUGCCUAAGAGAUUCUGCCUCACGGAUCGAUUCGGGAGCAAACAGUCACUGACACAGGAACAGCUGCUCAGAGAUGUUUCUCAGUUUAUUGUAGGACAAACAUGAGGAUAUAUUCAUAUUCAAGAGUGUGUUGUAGCUCUGUGAUUGGAUGAUGAUGAUGAUGAUGAUUGAAUUGAUGAAGCUAAGUUAUCUAUGUAUAACAUAAAUGAGUGAUGAAGCAUUACAUCACUGCUUUAGACUACACUACUGUAUGAAAGAAGAGAGACAUUAUGUAUCAUUACAUCACCCAUCAGGAUCAUAGUCUUAUGAAAGAAGAAAGACAUUACUGGUCAACAUCACCUUCAUGAAGCAGAGAGCAGAAUGUGUGAGCGAAGAUAAACCUCAAGGAUUUAACUAACCAAAACAAGUAACAAUCAGGACUGCCUGUACCAGUUCUCAAGCAUGCCAAACAAAUAUUUUUAUCAUCGCUAAAUGCUAUUUGCUAUUUUCCACUUGCUAGCUUGUUGCCAAAUGCUACUCAUUAUUGUCCACUGGCUAACUUGUUGCUAAAUGCUAUUCACUAUUGUCCACUGAAUAACUUGUUGCUAAAUGCUACUCACUAUUUUCCACUUGCUAGCUUGUUGCUAAAUGCUACUCACUAUUUUCCACUUGCUAGCUUGUUACCAAAUGCUACUCAUUAUUGUCCACUGAGUAACUUGUUGCUAAAUGCUAUUCACUAUUGUCCACUGGCUAGCUUGUUGCUAAAUACUGCUCACUAUUUGCCACUUGCUAGCUUGUUGCUAAAAUGCUACUUGCUAUUGUCCACAGGUUAGCUUGUUGCUAAUCUACCUGCUACUGUCUGAUGUUGUUGCUGUGCUGCAAUUUCAGUCCAAAAUGUUGUUUAAAUGUUUGAAGUUCACGAUAGUAGAUCAACACCAAUAGCAUCUCAGGCCUGUAAGUGUAAAGGUGCAGUUAAAGUAGGAGAGAAAACAAAAUACAUACUUUUAUGGAGACCUCCAUGUUUUCGUUUUUACCCACUUUAUGCAUUAAACAACCUGAGGUGAGAAAUAACGUUAUAACAACUUACACAUUACCACUUAUAAAGCACCACAAAUGCAACAAAUAUCAAUCUGCUAGCAGGUGUGAAAGUGAAUUUUUUGGGUGUCUUCCAGGUAAAAAAAAAAUCACAAAUUCUAUGACUAAACCCUACCUCUGCUGGUAAUGUAACACAUAUUUUGUAAUAGAGACAUCGAUUAUUUUUAAGAAGCUUCAGGAAAAACACCACUCGUCUGUUACUUGGAGAUCAACCCUCAUUAUUACUCCAGUGCUUUGUGUUUCAUCUUUUUCAGUAGCCUGGGCCCGCCCAUCCUAAGUGUGACGCAACACGGGGGGAUGCUCGCAGAGCUUUGAAGUUGCGUUAGCCAGACUACUUUUUCAGUAUUGUUGUUGUUGUUGUUUUUUAAUGGACCCUGACCAUAAAAAUAUCUUAAUUUAUCAGAAA